AUGGGAGACCUGAGUUCAAUCCCUGGGUUGGAAAGAUCCCCUGGAGAAUGGAAUGGCAACCCACCCCAGUAUUCUAGCGUGGAGAAUCCCAUGGACAGAGCGGCCUGGUGGGCUACAGCCCAUGCGGUCACAAAAUGUUGGGACAUGACUGAGCGACUUUUACUUUUGGGGAGUUUGGGGGUUUUAAGGCAUGAGUCACCCACCUCCUUGCAUGGCCCUGCAAUAAACUUCUCUGUUCCUGACUCCCAACAUUUUGGUAUUGUUUGGCUUCUCCGUGCAUCUGGUGCAUGGAGUAACACUACCACUCAUCCUUCAAAAUCCCAUUCAUCGUUCAUAAAUCACAUCAUCCCUAAAGCCAUCUUGAAUUGCCCAUGA